UUUGAAGACAGGCACUGAGUUCACAUGGUGGGUUUCUCUGUUAAUUGUUUUCAUUUCCCACCACAGACUCUGACAUAGAGAAGGUAAAUGAUGGGCAUGGAAAUGGUCGACUGAGCUCACCACAUGCCCGUGAGCAUCUGGCAUGGACUCCCCACCGUCAUAAGGCCUCACAGAGGGGGAUGUGGCCUCCCAUUGCAGGUGAACCAGUGGGUGCCGAAGACGAGCAUCACCAUUUGGCAAACUCCUCACCAAGCCCAGAAGCUGAUGGUGCCCAGCUCCACAAGCUGGCAGCUCCGUGGAACCAGCUUCCUCUUGGAAUCUACCCUGUGGAGUCGGACCAGAGGUUCAUCUUUACCCGAGAGAAGUGAGUGGCUGGAUCUCUUACUGUUAGCACGAUGGCCUGGAGGACCUAGAAUUUCUUGAGAGUGACAGCUAGAUGGCGUACCUUUAUGGGAGAUUAAUCUGUGUUUUCCUGUCGGUCCUGGGAGCCCUGUGCUUGUACUUUAGCAUGGACUAUGAGACUCCUUUUAAAGUCACUCCAGUGUUUUCCAAGAGAGCGAACGGGGCCUUCCUGCAGCUCCCCGACACGGCCUGCGAGCGGAACGCCCCCUUCCUGGUCCUGCUGGUGACGUCGGCCCCCCAGCAGGCGGCUGCUCGCAGCGCCAUCCGGAGCACCUGGGGGAGGGAGCGCACCGUCCGGGGAAAGCGGGUCCGGGCGCUCUUCCUCCUGGGCGCCACCCCCAGCCGGGACCUGGCCCGGGCGGUGGCCCGGGAAGGCCAGCAGCAUCGCGACACCGUGCAGAAGGACUUCCUGGACACUUAUGACAACUUGACCCUGAAGACCAUGAUGGGCAUGGAGUGGGUCCACCGCUACUGUCCCCAGGCCGCUUUCGCCAUGAAGACAGACUCUGACAUGUUCAUCAACGUCGACUACCUGGUGGAGCUGCUCCUGAAGAGGAACCAGACCUCGCGCUUCUUCACUGGCUUCUUAAAAAUGAAUGAAUUUCCUAUCCGGAAAAAGUACAAUAAAUGGUUUGUCAGCAAAUACGAAUACCCGUGGGACAAGUACCCGCCCUUCUGCUCCGGCACCGGCUACGUGUUCUCCGGCGACGUGGCCAGCCUGGUGUGCGGUGUUGCUGCCAGCGUCCCGUUCAUUAGGCUGGAAGAUGUCUUUGUGGGGCUCUGCCUGGCCGAACUGCACAUCCGCCCUGUGCCUCUCCACUCGGAACAGACCUUCUUCCCAGAGGGCUUGGCCUUUUCCACGUGUCGCUUCAGGAAGGUGGUGGCCUGCCAUUUUGUGAAGCCCCAGGAGAUGCAGAUGUAUUGGCGUGCUCUGGAGACUUCCCUGGGAGAGGAGUGUCCAGGUGACUGAGGGGGCCCGGCAGCACAGUGGACAUCGCCAGGCACCCAUGGUGGUGGCUGUUGAAGGAUCGUCCUCCGCACCCCUGAUGAUGGUG